ACGCCGGUCGCGCACACGCCAGCUCGGGAGAGCGCGCCCACGCGCAACCGAUGGCAGGACAGGUCAUGAGGCAGCUGAGCCGAUGAAAUCAUGGAGCCUGCGCCGAGGUCGGACACGGUGCGCUCGCGACUUCAAGGUGAUGGAGAGGUGGCUGCCCGAAUCCAUGAUGUCCUGCACUGGAGCUGAAACCACCACACUUCUGGCCUUUUCAUCAAGGAGCCCUCUACCCACCGGUCACUGCCAUCUACUUCUGAUAGGACCAAAUGAGACGGCCUCAAGCCCUAUUGAUCAACAAUGGACAGGUGAAAACUCAAAGGCCGAGAUGUGGCCUUUAUUCUAAACCUUGUCAUCCAUUCUGGUUCCAUGAAUGGAUAUGAAAAUAUUCCCAACUUCAACGGUCUCAUCUCACAGGUCCACUUUUGCCAUAUGAAAAAUGCCUUUAAACAUUAGAGCAAAGCCUGCGCAAAGCAAGCUGUCAGCUGGCCCAAAGAGUAGCGGGCAAACUGAUGCCGCCACAACUCACUCACGUUUUUCCAGAGCCCCCAAGCCGGCGAAAGGCAAACAGGCUGUAAAUUCAGCGCCAGGCUCCCGCUCGGGGCUAGAACCGGGCUCUGUGUCAGGGAGCGUGUCUGCACCAGCGCCGAAAUCGCCUGGGGGUCAAGGGUCGGUGUCGAGGCCAGGUUCGAAGGUCAAACGUGGCACAGCAGCAGACAAAGGAGCAGGUCGUGGUUCGGCGAAGGCUCCAGGGGGUAAAACCCUGUCCAUGGAGAACAUCCAGUCUUUGAGUGCUGCCUAUGCAACUUCCGGCACCAUGUACCCGUGUGAGCGGGACUCCUUGGAACCCUCAGGCGGGUACCCUAAAGGCACCAUGACGCUGGGCAGGAGCACCAGCCACUCCUCCAACAGCAACCGAACAACAGCCAUGGGCAGCACCCCAAACAUCACCUCGUCUGGCCUACACCCCCCUUUGGACGCCCACGGAGACCAGACUUCGCACCCUCCGAGCACUUCGAGUCUGCGGCGCCAGUCUGGGAGGCAUCCUCAGGCCCCCGACGUGGCCGGACGGGGAGAAAUUUCCUCGUUUGAUCUCCAAUGUCAGCUGAGGGAGCUGCAGAGGGAGAACGAUAACCUGAGGAGAGAGCUGGAUACGGGGAGGGAUGCAAGGACGGGUCCCAGCAUGAACAAUGUCAACUUCUGGAGUCCAGACGUGAAAAGAGACAGGGGGGUUAGGCGUGAGGAGGCGGGGAGGACCUCGGUUUUGAGGGACCAGUACAGGACCAACCAAGACGAUUUGCAGCCCGGCGAUAUAAGAAGAAACAAGCAGCUGCCGCUGACGGUUCAGGAGCUUCAGGAAGAGCUGAAGGCUCACAGGGACAUGAACAGUCGCUUGCAGCAACAGCGACAGCAGGGGAACUCUGGCUCCUAUCGAGAACUCCAUACAGACCGGGACCACAGGGGGGGGCUCAGCCCCGGCCCCAGCCCCAGACAAAGCUCCAAUAACCUACACAGUCCCGGGCCGAAGAAUAGCGCAAGAGCCAGUCCGUCCAGCACAUACAAUCCCAGGCAACAGGAAGCUGAUGUCAUCAUUCACAGCCCUGGUUAUGGCUGUAACACCGCAGUAGCAGCUCAGAGAAUCAGCCCCGCCAACACCCUUCAGCCUGGGCCGAGGAACAACUCCGAUCAGCCCUUCUACAGUCCUGGCCACGGCCCGGUGGUAGCGCCCGGCUCUGGUUCGUUUCGUGCCGGCAGCCCUUGCCAGGUGCCCGGCUGUGACGGCUUCUCCUCGCCACCUCCCGUGGAUCAAUCGGAGGAGAAUUUCUACCGGCUGCAGUCGGAGCGCGAGCGGCAGAUCAAGGAGCUGUUCCUGCUGAGGAAGACCGUGGAAGAGAUGGAGAUGAGAAUGGACUCUCAGAAACAGACCCUGGGCGCCCGGGACGAGAGCAUCCAGAGGCUACUUGAGAUGCUUCAGGGCCAAGGGCACGGCCCGGGUCAGGGACAGGGACACUGGGGUCGGGGACAGCGGCCCGGCAUCAUAGCGAUGGCGGCGCAGGAGGCCGAAGCACAGCUGGAGAACAUUCACGUGAGAGAGGACACCAAGAUAUCUUCCCUGGAGAGGAACAUCAGAGACUUGGAAGAUGAAGUCCAGAUGUUAAAGACCAGCGGCCUGCUGCACCCUUAUGACAGGCAGGAUGAGCUGAAGCAGGUGGAGGUCUACAAGAGCCAUUCUAAGUUCAUGAAAUCUAAGGGGCAGGCCUUGUCACCAUGCCUGUCUUCCACCAGAACAGCUCAGACCUUCCUCCUCCCCCCACAACGUCCCUGGAUCACAGAACAAGCAGAAAUUGAGCAGCUGAAGCAGGAGCUCAACAGGAAGGAGUCAGAGAUGCAGGCCCUUCAGACCAAACUAGAGACCCUGACCAAUCAGAACUCCGACUGCAAGCAGCACAUCGAGGUGCUAAAGGAGUCGCUCAGCGCCAAGGAGCAACGGGCCAACACGCUGCAGACAGAGGUAGAUGCUCUGCGAGUGCGUCUGGAGGAGAAGGAGCAGUUACUGACCAAGAAGACCAAGCAGCUGCAGGACCUGACCGACGAAAAGAGCACUUUAAGUGGAGAGAUCAGAGACAUGAAGGACAUGCUGGAUGUCAAGGAGAGGAAGGUUAAUGUCCUGCAGAAGAAGAUUGAGAACCUGUUGGAGCAGUUAAAGGAUAAGGACAAACAGCUGGCCGGGUUGAGGGAAAGGGUCCAGGGCCUUCAGACUGACUCCAGCAACACAGACACAGCGCUGACCACUCUCGAGGAAGCUCUGUCAGAAAAGGAGCGGGUAAUCGAGGCUCUGCGUGAGCAGAAGGAUCGGGAAGACAGGGUUCGGCUGGAGGAGCUGGAGCAGAUGAGAAAGGAGAACCAGGUAUUAAAGGAAACACUUUCAGCCCUGCAGCCCCAUAAACUGCCCCAGAGUCAGCCUGCUAACUCCGUCCUGACUCAGAACCAGAGGCCCGAUGGAGCGGUUGAAACCAAAGUAGAUAAGCCUCCAACAGGAAGCGCCACAACCCAAAACAUGGAAGAAACGGUCCGGAAGUGUCCAGACAUCACAGAUCGUCUGAGGCUUCUGGAGCAGGAAGUGGCUCGCAACAAAGAGGAAUCUGGGAAGUCACAGUCGGAGGUUGAGAGGCUAAUGGCAGCUCUGAGGGACGCUGAGAUGGACAAGUUGUGCAAGGAGCAGAAAAUCGAGAAUCUUGAGAGACCUGGGCAAGUGAAGUCGCCUAACAUCCAGAAGCAGACAAUGGUUGGUGAGAUGAGGAAAGAUGCACACACUGAUGGACAUCCACACUCUUUAUCGCAGCCCCCUCGGGUUCCUCUUUCAGCUUCCCAGGGUGCCAUGCGGGAGACGGCGGAGGGGAUCAGGGAGCUGGAGAGGGCACUGAGGGAAAGCAUGAACACUUCUGCACAUAGAGAGGCUCUCUGGGCGCAAGAGGAGGCUGCUCGUAUUCAGGCCCAGAGACAGUUGGAGGAGCUGAUGGGGGCUUUAGAGAAGACACGCCAGGAGCUUGAUGCCACCAAACUGCAUCUGUCCUCCACUCAGCAGUCCCUGCACGAGAGAGACGGACACCUCAACAGUCUUCGGCACGAGAGACGCAAACAGCUGGAGGAGAUUCUGGAGAUGAAGCAGCAGGCUUUGCUGGCAGCCAUCAGUGAGAAGGAUGCUAACAUUGCCCUGCUGGAGUUAUCCUCCUCCAAAAGGAAAAAAUCCCAGGAGGAAGUGAUGGCGCUGAAGAGGGAGAAAGACAAACUCAUGCACCAGCUCAAACAGCAGACUCAGAGCAGAAUGAAGCUGAUAGCGGAUAACUACGAGGAAGAUCACGUUCACCCUCAACAUCAUCCUCACCAUUCUCACCACUCGCAUCCAGCAAACAUGCAUCACCGAAGCCUGCCAAGAGGGCCCGCCCAUAGCAACCACCGGCCACGUAUGGACCAGGACGAUGAAGAGGGAAUAUGGGCAUGAUCUUCAUGGAAACCCUGGAUUGAUUUGUCCACCCUGCUAUAAGAGCCAGGCACCAAGAGGUUCCCGAGCUUCGACUCAACCAGCCUAUAAUUCCCACCACGAUGAUCACCUGACAUCCAGAGAGGACUUCAUACGUUCAGCCUGUCGGAGAUUAUACCAUCUUACCGAUGGAUGUCACCUCCGAUGAAAAAGCGCAAAUGGCCAACUCAGGGUGGUUGAAUGUCCCUCACAGGACCAUCUGUUGUCCGUGUGGAGCUACCAGGUAUUGGCAAGCGGCCUUCAUUUCAUUAGCUGUUUUCAAUAGACUGCGAGCGAGAUUCAAUUUGCAGUGCUGCGGUGCUACGGAGUCCUGGCUUCGCGUCAAGUGGCAAUCACUCCGCCACCGUCGACUACUGGUGUGGCUGAGCUGCGUCGGUGGAUGGUGGUGAACCCGUGCUAUCCCUGGACUGGUUUUGUGAUGGCAUGAAUGUGUUUAUUUCUGCAGCUAAAUAUCAGACGUUUGUAAAUAUAACAACGUGGACCUCAAAAUGCACAAUCCACAGAAACCUUCUCAAUGUACCGUGCCAAAGGAGACAACCGCCGAGAAACUAAUUACUGACAUGGAGCCGCAUCUGAAUCAUUCGGGCAACCCGGUAAAUCGUCCUGGUUACUCAUUUCUAUGACUAUCUCCUGUUUUCGUGCUGAGAGAUCAACAGGAAAAAGGCAAAUGUGGGCUUAAAGGCGCCCCAUCAAGACAGUUUUAGGAUCAGCUUACACCUUCUCUAAAAUCAGGACCCUUUUUAACAGAGAAGGAGUCACGGCUGACCUCCAAUCAGCCGGCUUACUGUAACAACGGUCGGUUUAUACGUUUCUCCUGGUGUUCUUUUAGCCUGCUGUGCAUUUGUUUAAUGAACCAAUAUCAUGUUGUUAGCUUUUCUACAUCUAAAACAGUUUUGAGUGCCACUAUUCUUUUUUUUUUUUUUUUUUAAGUUUCAACAACUCUGUGUAACUCAUUACGCAGUGGGUUAUUUUGUUGUCUAUUUGUUGAUCCUGUGAAUCUGGGUGGCGUUUGUUAUGAAGGAACUUGCAUUAUAAAGCACUGCGUCAUUACUUUUUUCACCGUACUGGAAGUUGAUGAGUCCAGACGGUGGUGUAUUUGGUUUGAACAGUAUAACGGUGUUUCUAUUUUGCCCUUACCUAACAUGUACAUUUUGGUACAGUGUGUGUGUGUGUGUGUGUGUGUGUGUGUGUGUGUGUGUGUGUGUGAGUGUGUAUGUGUGUGUGGUGUCAGGCUGCUCUCAUGUUUGUGAUGACUGUAAAAGUUUUGGGGGGGAUAACAGUAUUCACCCUCGAAUGGUUCCACGGUGUUUUGCAGUGGUCAACUGGUUUCUCUUGUUUAAAUAAAAGUUGUUUUCACUAGAA